GGGCUUCAUAGGCUUAGGCCUAUGUUGAUCAGAGAUCAAGUGAGCCCUAAUGAUGAACCUGAUUCUGUUUCUAACUUAUUUUUACUAAUCCUUGGCCGACUGCCUUGGGUCUUGCUAAACUCAUUCUUGACUUGAGUCAAAAUCAAUGCACAGUUUGAAGAUUCUGUUAUGGAAUGUUUUUGUGUAAUUUUCAAUGACAUUGGGAAAUAUUCAAACAUUUAAUAUACUGCAUGUUUCACCACAUUGUUUGCAAGCAUGUUGGACUGAAUAAUUGUUGUCCUACUUGUCCAUUUCCCCUCAGUGAUCAGGACUAUUCGUGUUAUAGCAGGUAUUAUCUGGCUUUACCCUAGCCUGAGCCCAGACUUGUUUUGAAUCCCUUUCUACACCCACUGCCCUUUCUUCUUGUUACAUUAUAUUGCAAGAGGAGGAUCAUGUGAUAUAGGCUCAUAUCCACAUAUGUGUUGCUACCCCUACCCAGUACUCUUUUUGCCUACAUGUAGUGCUAGCUUCCUCACUUUUAAGGAUUUUCAUCAGGGAUCUCUAUAUGUUGUGUAGCAAAAUUUGAUUGUGUAGGGGUUGAAAUACUGUUUUAUAUUUAUAUGUAUGCAAAGGUAAUGAAAUCAUAAUCUAAGUAUUUUAGGUACAACUUCUCAAAACCUUGUAGAGAAUGGCAGGAACUCCAACUUUACCUGCUAUACCCCCAGUCCUCAAGCCCCUCCAGCAUCACCUGAAGACUGCCACAGAACAUGACCAGCGAGACCCAGUCAUAGGUUACUGGUGUCGACUGCAUGCCCUCCAAACAGGUCUGAAGAUAGACCGCAAGUCCAAGGAGAGCCUCACCCUUCUUACUGCCAUCAUGGAAUGGCUAGAGAAGUUCAAGCAGGCUCAUAAGGAGAAUGAAGCUGUCACAAAUGAUGUAGUGGCUCAGGCACAUAUUGAAAAUUAUGCCAUCAAGCUCUUUCUGUAUGCUGACUCUGAAGAUCGCAUGGCACGUUUCAACAAGAAUGUUGUCAAGGCAUUUUACACUGCAGGGUUGUUAUUCGACGUCUUGACAGAAUUUGGAGAACUGACAGAGGAGAAUGCCCAUCAUAGAAAGUAUGCCAAAUGGAAGGCUGCAUAUAUUCAUAACUGUCUCAAAAAUGGAGAAACUCCUGUCCCUGGUCCAGCAGGGGAAGAAGAUGAAACUGCAGAGAAUGAGUUUGGUACUGGUAUUGGUGAAGGAAGGACAAAUGAGAAUUUUCAGAGACCACAAGACCUAGGGUUUGGAGGUUCUCAGCCGCCCUAUCCUUCCAACUUUGGAGGUUUCCUUCCUCAACCACCAGUUGGUUCUGGCACAAUUCCACCUCACCCAUCUCCUAGUCCAAGUCGUCCUGGAAACCCCAGCAGCUUAGGUGAACAGCAUCCCCAGAUGUGGAACUCAGGUGCCACAGAACCCACAUCUGACAAACCUGGACCUUUGGCUGCCAGUGGCGUAGAGCUAUCUUGUGAUGCUGUAGCAAAGGCACAGAAGUACUGCAAGUUUGCUCAGAGUGCCCUGAACUAUGAAGAUGUUCCCACUGCUGUUGAAAACCUACAGAAAGCACUGCAUUUGCUUCAGACAGGACAAGAUUCCUAAUUGCUGUGACUUUGAAUGUGAUUCAUUUGUAUUAUACCUUAUGAAUAUUGUAGGUUUGCCAUGGAUAAUAUUUUUUUAAGAUUCUCUUGUUCAUGAAGCUUCAUUAUUCAUUACAUUCUUGUCUUGAAGUAUCUGUAAUAGUAUGAAUGUGUCUGUAUUGGCAUCAUGAAAUAAACUGAUGCCUUUUUGUGCUUUUCUC